ACAACACCAAACUGCAUCUGGAGGCUAAAGGAGACAAGUGAACCCGUGAGGGGGGAAGUGGAGUUUCACACCGGAGGAAGGAAAGGAAAAAGAAAAGGGGGGAAAAAAAGAGCUCAAAACCACACAAAAUCAGGGGAGGGCGGUGGAUUAAGUGUUUUAGUUAAUCGAAUUUGAGACAAGAGACGAAACUUCAGAAGAAAGGAACCCAAAAUGAUAACGCCGUAUUUCCUGGAAAAUUUCUGGGGUGAAAGAAAUAAUGGGUUUGAUAUCCUCUAUCAUAAUAUGAAACAUGGCCAGAUAUCCAGCAAGGAACUUGCAGACUUCAUUAGAGAAAGGGCUACAAUUGAGGAGACCUACUCCAGAGCAAUAACCAAACUGGCCAAGACUGCUAGCAAUUUCUCUCAGUUGGGGACAUUUGCACCAGUAUGGGAUGUGUUUAAGGUGUCAACAGAAAAGCUGUCUGUCUGUCAUAUGGACCUUGUGCGCAAAUUGCAAGAACUCAUCAAGGAGGUGCAGAAAUAUGCAGAGGAACAGACCAAAGCCCAUAAAAAGACUAAGGAGGAAGUGGCACCCACGCUGGAGGCUGUCCAAAACAUCCAAAGUGUAUCCCAAGCAUUACAAAAAAGUAAAGAAAACUACAACAGCAAGAUUCUGGAGCAGGAACGCAUGCGCAAAGAGGGUUCCACUCAGAGAGACCUUGAUAAGGCUGGGCUAAAGGUAAAGAAAGCCAGAGAAAUAUACAAGUCCUAUGUAGAGAAAUACGCCAGCACAAAGACUGAAUUUGAGCAAAAAAUGGAAGAUACAGCACAGAAGUUUCAGGACAUUGAAGAAAGCCAUAUUGUCCAAAUGAAGGAGAUUAUACGGUCAUAUUCUCACUUGAUUGAGGAUACACACACACAAAUUGGAGAGGUGCAGAAAGAGUUUGUGAUUAACAUGGAAAACACAUCUUUGGAAAGUCUAUUACAUAAACUUGCCGAGAACAAAGGGACCGGCAGAGAAAGGCCAGGACCCAUUGACUUUGAAGAAUGUACUGUUUCUCUUACUACGGAAGGUGCUGCCAAACCUCGAAAGAGAAAGCCCUUUGCAAUUCCAGGACGAAGAAAAGACAAGGAUACAGAUUCCACUGAAUCUACAGAAGUUGAAACUACUAACACUGCCAAUGGAGCUCCCGCCGAUAACUAUGGACCUAUAGAUUUUCAAAAUGCUAAUGUGCCUCAGGUUGAUGAAGAAGGCUUUUGUAUCAGACCGGAAUUCAAUGAAAAUGAUACCAAAGACAACUCAUCAUCCAGUGAUUCAGAUGAAGAAGAUGAGCGCAGAAAAUUUCAUGUGGAAAUCAAACCUGUGCAGCCCAACAGUGGCACACAGCAGCAAAAAGCCUCUAUUGACGAGCUGAAGGCUUCUAUUGGAAACAUAACCCUUUCCCCCUCUACUACGAUCCACAUGAGGAGGAACCAGUCCAAUGAUGAGUUGGGAAGGUCCAGAACACAGCAAGCGUCAUAUACAGAUAGACUGACCAGCAAUGACCUGCUGUCUUUGGAUCCAUUUGGUCCCAAUCUCUCUGGUGCCCCUUCCUCUGUGUCUUCCUCUGCAGAAGAGUUUUUCAUUCCCAUCCCCCCAUCCCAACCCAGAGCCAUGAGCACUCCUCCUUAUCUCAAAAAUCAUGGGGAUGCUGAUACUCCCAACACCAGUAUCGAUCUACUUUCUUCUUGGACUCAGAACCAGUUGGUGGCUUUUGUGCCAUUUGGUGGGCUAACCUGGGCUAACCAGGAAAGAGCUUGGACAGUGCCUAUUUCCCACUAUGCCAAAACCCCAUCCAGCAAACCUGCAGAUCCCUUUAUUAGUAUGGGCCAGAAGAAGGAAAGCACCCUGUCUUGGAUGGAAGACCAUGCCAUGACACCAACAGCUGGCCAUAUGCAGGAUGUUCCACCCUCUAACAGACCUACAACCCCUUUGGGCACAGCAGCUAUAGUUCCUCCUCCUCGACCCUCAUCGCGGCCUAAACUGCCUGCGGUCAAACUGAGUGGCAUCAAUGAGAUUGCACGUCCGUUCAGCCCUUCUGUGGCAACCAACUCUAGUCCUGCACCUCUAGCACGGGCCGAAAGCUCCUCCUCUCUGAGCUCUAAUGCCUCACUGAGCGCGAGUAACACUCCCACCAUCGAGGAUGAUGUGUUUGUGGCGAAACUGCCAACAUUUGAGAAGAGGUGUGAAACCCCUGCAGGGACAUCUCGUGGACCCAGCCCUGUCACGUUAGCAUCCCAGGAUUCACUUCCCAUUGCUGUUGCAUUCACAGAGUCAAUUAAUGCAUACUUCAAAGGAGCUGAUCCCAGCAAGUGCAUAGUGAAGAUCACAGGAGACAUGACGCUUUCCUUUCCCAGUGGUAUCAUUAAGAUCUUCACAUCCAGCCACUCUCCAGCUAUACUCAGCUUCAGACUCAGAAACACAAGCAAACUGGAGCAGAUACUACCAAAUCAGCAUCUUCUACACAGUGAGACCUGCCAGAAUGACACUAAUGCUAAAGAUUUCUGGAUGAAUAUGCCUGCACUGACGGCAUAUCUCAGGAAGGCUUCAGAACAGAACCCAACCUCUUCUUACUACAAUGUCGACAUCCUGAAGUACCAGGUGUCUUCUAAUGGGAUUCAGUCAACACCACUAAACCUGGCAGUAUACUGGAAGUGUGCACAGAGCACUACAGACCUGCGGGUGGACUACCACUACAACCCUGAGGCCAUGCAGCCACCUGGACCACUCUGUAGCGUGCAGGUCCUCGUACCUGUCAGCGGUGGUGUCACCAACAUGCAUUCGCUCCCCAGUGCCAUUUGGAAUCCAGACCAAUGUAAGUUGUUAUGGAAGCUGAAUGACCUCUCUGAGAAGUCUGAAAAUGAAGGUUCUGGAUCUAUGAGGGCAAAGUUUGAGCUCUCAGAUGGCCCCUCAAUUCCAGCCACUCUGGCUGUUCAGUUCUUUAAUGAGGGUAGUACUACCUCUGGAGUAGAUAUGGACCUGGUUGGAUCCGGAUAUCGACUCUCUCUCAAUAAGAAGAGAUUAGUUUCUGGGCGUUAUAUGGCAGACUGCUGAGAUGUCAAAGAUGAGGCACAUUCGAUCCAUCUGCUGAAGAAUAAAAGGACUACUUUUCAUUGGCAUCUUCUCACUGCACAGCAGAGGUUAAAUGGAAGGUGAAACAAACGGAUUGUUACCCUGAUGGCUCCUCUUAUGCAUUUAUUCUAAUCAUUCUGAACUAUACUUAAAUCCAACUAAAUGUACCUUUUUGGGGAAGAAAGAACUUUUUACUACAUUUUUAUUACUGUAGCACUGAAAAUCAAACACUGUCAGAAAAAGAAAAGAAAAAAAAAAACUAAUAAAGAAAGCCAAUAAGGAAUGUCUGAAUACUGAAAAAUUAUAAAAUCAAAACUAAUAAUUUUAUAUUUUUCGAUUUAUUUUGACUUCUUUAGAAGGUUUGCUUUUAUGUAUAGAUAAAUUUGAAUAUGACAAUACGACACAAAUAUACAGUGUAAAACAAAAUGAAAAGGAAAAAUACAGUAUAUCUGCACUAACAAUCUUCCAGGCCAUUUAUAUAGACAUUAACCUCUUAGUUGUUUAGUUUAUUUUCUAAACAUAACUUUGAACAUAACAGAUAAAUUGUUAAUGAGGGAAAUAAAUGCCUCAGGAACGUGAACAUUUUGUGGUUCUGUCCUAAAAGUUAUUCUUCCACGACAGGCCUGAGGUCCUUGAAUAAAAUCCAUGUAGCAUUAUUUAUUGUUCUCUAGGAUUCUACCAAGCUUCACAGCUGUGGAUGUACAUUUAAAAAACAAGCCCUUAGGUGGCUGCGAUUUUUGAUUCCUCACAGUAAAUGAAGGUAUAAGCUAUUAAAUCAAUUAUGUGAUUUAUGUUGAGUUUUUAAAUUCACUGUCAAGAAUUCUCGUCCGUUUUGGAGUAAUUU